AUGGAAGAACUCCAAUGCAACCCUGAAUCAACACAACUACAACUGAAAUAUCAACUGAAGGAAGGAGGCCAACCACUACAAAUCAAGGAUGACAAAAGUCUGUUGUUCUACAUAAAGCUAUUAACAAAGGAGGUUGAUUUCACAAGGUACCCAUUGUGUGUGAACAAAACCAGCAACACAGAACCACCUAACCAAACAAUGACGAUUAGAUCUGCUGAAGAUGAUACAUUUUUCCUAGAAACAGAGACAGUGUCAUCAGAAUCAACCAUACAACAACCAGAAAACAAUAGAGAAAAAACUACAGCAGUAGAUGAAGAUUUCGACUUCACCGACUAUGCAAAGCUUGUGGCUGCAGAAAUGGUACAGCAACUCGAAAACAACCAGGAAGAAGAAGAGGAAGUGGACAACACAGAAAUGAUUAUCAUCAAUGACAAACGACAUGAAACAAUAGAAAAGGGGCAAAUUUACAAGGACAAAGAAACAUUGAUAAGUACACUAUGCUACUUUGCAAUCAAGAAGACAUUUCAAUACAAAGUAGUGAAAUCUUGCACAAAAGAAUACAACAUAGUGUGUUUGGACACAAACUGCAAAUGGAGUUUAAAGGCUACAAAAAAUGGAAACACAGAAACAUUCAUAAUAAGGAGCUACCAAGAAGAACACACAUGUGCAGUUACAAUAAGAUUUGGAGAUCAACGACAAGCUACAUCAAAGUUGAUAGCAGAUUUUAUGAAUUACAUGAAAGCAUGGCGUAGUAAAGAGCGAGCACAAACCCAGCUACAUGGAAAUGCUAAAGAGUCGUACAAUUACUUGCCAAGAUACCUGUACAUGCUACAGAAAACAAAUCCAGGAACAUUAAUUGACAUAGAGAAAGAAGAUGAUGACAGUUUCAAAUAUGCAUUUGUCGCAUUGAAUGCUGAUAUAAAAGGUUGGCCAAACUGCAAACCAAUCAUCGUUGUGGAUGGUACAUUCCUAAAGGUCGCGUAUGGAGGCACGUUGCUCACUGCCAACACACAAGAUGCAGAAUCGAAAAUUUUUCCACUUGCAUACUGCAUAGUUGAUUCUGAGAACGAUAAAUCAUGGGAGUGGUACUCUACCAUGACAUCAAACAUAGCUGAGGCACUGAACUCAGCAAAUUUAGCAGCAAGGGAAACACCAGUCACAACAUUAAUGGAGUGCUUGAGGGCACAAAUGCAAGAGUGGACAUACAAUAAUAGAAAGGAGGCACAAAAAUGCACAACAAGGCUGACACCAUCAUCUGAGAAAAAACUCAUAGGGAACUAUGUAUAG